GAUAUAAGAUUACAGUCUAAACAAUAACAAAGAUGGCUGCCCCUUGAACUACUGCAACUUAAGCUCAGGCUCUUACGUGAUACUGAUACUGAUCAGUGAUUAGAAUAAGGUAUUACAAACUUAAGUUUUAAACCAAGGUUUUAUGUACAUUUCACAUUAAACACCAAUGGAAACUCAGAAUCCUGUUCAAGUAGACACAUCAGGUACGCACAUCUUGCAAGAGGACAAAAACCAACAAUCAAGUAUUACAGAAGAAUCAGUGGAUGAUAUAAAGAAUAGUGUCACUAUGAAACAAAACCCUCUCAACAUUUUGGCUCCAACUUUUACAAGACUAGAGAGAGUCAUUGUUGAGCAAAGCAUUUUUCAGAAACUCUGGAAUAAAAUAGAAGAGUGCUUGUCGCAUGUUAAAGAAACUGAAUUUUUAAAUUCAAAUUUUUGUUCUGAGUUGCAUCGAAACACCCUGAGUGUUUCAGGUAACUGUACAUCAAAUGAAUCUAUGGCAGACAGAAACCAAGAAAAUUAUACUCAAAGGUUAUGGAACGAAGUGCACAAAGAGAUAAAACAAGAAACAGACCAAUCAGAAGUAAUUAAUUUUUUAAAUUCAGAUGAUGAUCAUACAAAUCUCCCUGAGUCUGAUUUAGAACUUACUACAGAACAAUUAAAUAAUAUAAGUUCUUCUCAAAUGUAUAUCAAAGCAUGUGAUUUGUGUCAAAAAAUUAGUAUGUUCAAUGGGAGUCUUAAAUCGUCUCAAGAAAAAUUUACAAUAUGUAUGUUGUGUCAGGUGCUGUUGGCAGAGAAAGAUGAUCAACUCAGUCAAAAAAUCUACAAUACAUUAAUUAACUCUAAAGGCAAUUCUUUUCCUGAAUUGUCAUGUAUUCAGGAAGUUGGUAAACUCCGAAAUGCUCGAUUUGAAGAAGAAAUGUUAUUGUGCCGCAACAUUGAGAGAAAAAGGUUUGUUCUAAGGAAAAUGAAAACAUAUAUUGCAUGUAAUCAUGUACAUUCAUUUCAAGAGCUUCAUCCUAAGAAUAUACCCUUUUCUACUAUUUGUCAAAAUAGAAACAAACCCUGUAGGAUUUCAGAAGGUGAUAAUGUUCAGAAUUUGGAUAUUAAGUUCAUGGAAAAGAGUACAAGAAGAAAAACUAAAACUAAAUCAAGGCCUAGGGAUAACAGAGCCAAAACUUCUACUCCAAAGACAAAUGUACAGCAGAAACAAAUCAAACGAAACACAAUGAAAAAAGAAGAAAGAAAACUGUUGAAGAAGAAAAAUAUUCCAAGGGUUAAAAACAAUAGAAUCAGAUUGACAGUAGAACAAAGAGCAUUGGUCAGAAGGAAGAAUGCUGAACUUAAAAAACAUACACAAGCUAAGACUGAUGAGGACAAAACUUUUUUCUGUAAGAAGCGGGCUGAAUUGUUGAAAGAGAAAAGAGCCCAAAUGACAGAAGAAGAAAAAAUAUUAGAAAGAAAGAAGAAUACCGAGCGUAAAAAGCGUCAGCGAGCCAGCAUGACAGAAGAACAAAAAUCAUUGGAGAGAAAGAAGAAUGCUGAACGUAAAAAGCUUAAACGAGCCGGCAUGAAAGAAGAAGAUAAAUCAUUGGAGAGAAAGAAGAAUGCUGAGCUUAAAAAGCUUAAACGAUCCAGCAUGAAAGAAGAAGAUAAAUCAUUGGUGAGAAAGAAGAAUGCUGAACACAAAAAGCUUAAACGAGCCGGCAUGAAAGAAGAAGAUAAAUCAUUGGAGAGAAAGAAGAAUUCUGAACAUAAAAAGCUUAAACGAGCCGGCAUGAAAGAAGAAGAUAAAUCAUUGGUGAGAAAGAAGAAUGCUGAGCAUAAAAAGCUUAAACGAUCCAGCAUGAAAGAAGAAGAUAAAUCAUUGGAGAGAAAGAAGAAUUCUGAACAUAAAAAGCUUAAACGAGCCAGCAUGAAAGAAGAUAAAUCAUUGGAGAUAAAGAAAAAUGCUGAACAUAAAAGCUUAAACAAGCCAGCAUGAAAAAAAAGAAGAAAAAUCAUUUUGCCAGAAAGAAGAAUACUGAAUAUAUAAAGUUUGAACAAGCCACCAGGAAAAAAAAAAGAAAAAUCAUUUGCCAUUAGGAAGCUGUCUGAAUGGACCAGUACCUAUAGACCUAAAAAGAAAAGAAAUCUAUAGUUGUAACUAGUCUAUAGAUCUAGAUUCCUAUAGUUCCAUAUGUAAAAUACAGAGAAUAAGAAAUAUUUAAAUGUUUAUGAUAAUCAAAUUUAAGUCAAGAGAUCCUAGUUUGCGAUAGAUCCUCCCCAUCUGAACAGAUUUGAGGUAGAAAAAAAAAACAGCUGUUACAAAAAAAAAAGCAUUAAAAGUUUGAACUUCCAGUAAUAAAUUAAUAGAAAAAAUUUAAUAUUUUGUUUUACUAAAAUUGGACAUCAAUAAAUUUUUUAAUCUUUUUUUUUUUAUAUUAAUUGUACUGAUUUUUUAUUAUGAACAUUUUUAACAAUUUUUACAAGCUUAUUUUAUCUGUUGUUAACAAAAUUGGCUUGGUUUUAUCGUUACAGUAUCUGUGUAUUGCCCAAAUUAAUCAAUCUUUAGAGAACAGUAAAAUACAUUUUUUACUGCAGACAUUAUGAAACAAAACAGGAAAAGUCAUCCUUUUGAGUAUUAAAGUAGAUAAAUUAAAUAUUCGUACAGUAGUCCCUUGUUUUUUUCUGUGGGGAUGCUUUUCUAAGAUCAUUGCGAAAAACGAAUUUCGUCUAAGUAGAGGAAAGAUAUUUUUUAUGUGUUUCAUGAAUAUCUGGAAUUUUUAAGAACCUCCCUGUACUGCUCAUAACCCUCAAUUUUGGCAUUAAACAGUCAGUCUAAUGUUUUUCAGCUGAAACUACAUGUGAUAUCCUAUCAGUUCCUUAUCUUAGCAAAAAUUAAUUUCACUCUGGACUUGAACAAUACUGGUAGAUAUACUUUCCUAUGCCCAAUCAUAAAUCAUCUUACAAAUAAGUCAGCAAGAAGUUCAUCAUCAUCUUUCCAUUCCUCAUGGAACAUAGGGCCUCUGUAAAAACAUGGCACUCUCCACUGUCUCUUGCUAAUUAGUUAAUGGCUUCCCAGCUCUUUCCUGUCUUCUCAGCUUCAUCUAGUACACUGCGUCGCCACAUUUUUUUUUGGUCUUCCUCCCUUCUGCCUUAGGGGUUCCAUUUUAAGGACUGUGUAGCUCAAUUGUCUUGUCUUAGGGUGUGGCCAAUUCAUCUCCACUUUCUCUCUAAGAUCUACACCUAUAUAUGUCUCUUUCAGGGUUUACUUUGAUUACUUUGAUUUUUCUUCAAUAUUUGCAAUAUAGCAACCAUAAGCUCCCAUGAAAAAAAAAAGUGAAACUGCAAAAGAUGAACCACAAAGUAGCAAAGGAUUAUUGUAUAUUGAUUGAAUGUCUGAGUUAACAAGAGAUUAUUGUAUAUUGAUUGAAUGUCUGAAUUAGCAAGGGAUUAUUAAAAACUACCAACGGAACAGCUAUAUGAUUACUUAGAUUAAGACAAUUAUAUAAAAUACUUUUUACAUUGGAUAAGUUCAACAAGUAGGGAUUAAAAAAUGACUAACAUAAAAAAAAAGUCAUUUUCUCUGUAUGAAGCUGAUUAUUGUCUAUGUUUUCUCAUUCUAUUGAUUUCUUGUUAGGCUUCAAUUUUGCAAGGAGUCUUUUUUUCAUUCAAUUGAUUCUAUUACAGUCCAGCUAAUUUCUACAUAAGACAUUGUGCAACAUGUUUGUGUGUCUAUUUAUUUGAUACUUUACUUAAUACAGUACAAAUAACCAUUUAAGUGUGUGUUUGAAAUAGCUUGAUUUAAUUUUAAGUUGAUUAUAUUUUGAAAAUUAGAAUGGUCAAACCAAAGUUUUCACAGUGUGGCCAGUUAGCUAGUGAUUUUUUUUUCUCUCAGAUGUAAAUUAUCUGUCAAAUUUGUAGGAAAAUCUUUAGAGCCAUUUUUGAAAUACCCCUCCAGUGUCCAGGUUGCACCCAGUGUACUGUUGUGAACCAAUGAAGAAUUGGCAAAGCUAAGAGGAGGAAUUGUAACAGCUAACAACCUUUGUUCAGAUGACUUCAAUCUACUUGCUGUUAAAUUAAUAAUUAAGUUUUGAGUUGCUGCUUGCAAUGCUGAAAUCAUUUUUGAAAAGCCCUGUUUUCUCUGACAAUUUGGAGUCCUGUCUCGUGAGCCAAGCCAUAGUAUACUACUGGCACAGAUUGACUAGUGUGAUAAUAAAAAUGUAAACUAAACACUUAUUAACUUUGUUACUUAAGAUCUGCUUUUCUUUUUUUUUUUUUUUUUUUUUUUUUUUUUAUGUGUAUUUUCUAGUUUUAAAUGUUAAUGUUCUCUGUAUAUUUUGUAAAGUAACCAAUUGUGGUCUAGGCUCAUGCAAACCUUGUAGACAUUUAUCAGGUGCUAAACAUUCAAACUAGUGAAACUUCAUUUCUCUAAUAAAUCUUUCUGAAAACUUCAUGACAUUCAAUUAAGCAGGUCAGAGUUUUUCAGGAAUUGUUAGAGGUUUUGUAUUUUCAACUAUCAGUACACUAUAUAUCAAUAAAAUGUAUUGUGCUGAUGACUAUAUUUAAUCAGCAUUGGUCAGCCUUGUUUCUUUCAAAAGUUAUGUUCACUAUAACUUAACGCAGCCAUAUUUGCAUUUACAAGAGUAAAAUUGUUAGCUCUUCACUGUUAUACUUGUUCCCUAUUAUGGAAUGUUGAUGUUAUUGUUGUUUUUCAUUAAAAAAAAAAAAGAUUCCACAUUUCCUAAAAGGAUUAAUAAA